AUGAAUAAUUCAGAUCGAAUAAUUCCAUUACCAUGUCUUCCAACAUAUUCUGCACGUCGUCCGGUUCGUUCGAGAUCAGAUGCUGUUGAUACAGUAAAACCCUAUAAUCCAAUAAUUUUAUCAAACUGGCAUAAAGCAUCACAUAAUCAUGUGUCACAUUAUCAUGGUUGUGUUCAUUCACCGUUUAUAAAUAAUGAAAUUGAACAUGUUCAAACUUCUCCAAAACAAUAUGAUUCAUAUAAACCAACUUUUUAUCCACGUAUUGAAUAUAAUUUAACAGAUACAUUUGAUCGAAUUCGUCCAUUAAGUGUUCCAGUUCAUACAACACGAACAAGUCAAAAAUGGUCUCGAUUUCUUGAUGAAUUUCCUGAUCGUUUUAACAUUCGAUAUCCAGAACCUGAUAAUGAAAAUCAUUUUUAUGUUCAAAAUCGACCAGGACGUUAUCCUUGCCAAACAAAUCAAGAUCCAAUUACUUCAUAUGGAGGAUUAGUAGGUCCAAUUCAACCUGUUACCAAUACAUUUCGACAAUUUGAACCACAUCAAAUGUCUGCUCGUCCAGCAUGGAUUCCUUAUGGUAGUACACCACGUUCAUAUCAAUUAGCACGAAACUAA